GAAAUAAAUUUUUAAUGUCAAUAUUUAUAUUUAUGUUUUAAUGUUAAUUCUUUUUUCUACAGAAUAACUAAAUAGUACGAAAGUUAUAUAAACGUAAUGCUUAAAUCUUUAAAUCGUUUUUCAUUUUUGGCAAGAUAAAAAAUAAAAUACACUUGCAAUGUUAAGAUCAAAAUUAACCUAUCUUGGAUGCCUACUUCAGAAAACAACGAACACUAUAAUUCAUACAAAUUAUUCUCAAAAUGUAUUAAAAAUAACAGAUACGGCUGUCCAAAAAUAUUUGAAACAACUAAUGAUUGAAUAUGAUACCUUGCAUAUUAAAUCUCGUAGAUCAUCGGAAGAGACGAGACGCUUACACGAAAUUAAACCUAUAGUUCAUGUUUUAGAACAGAGAGUAGCAUUAUACGACAGCAUAGAAUCAUUAAAAGAACUAACUAAAAAAGAAAACAAUGAUGAAGAAAUUAAAAAAAUGAUUAAAGAGGAAGCACAGAUAUAUUUGAGUCAGUUGACAGAAGUUGAUGACGAUUUAAAAUCAAUCUUACUGGCACCAUGCAUCACCAAUGGUGGUAUUGUGCUUGAAGUAACAGCAGGUGCUGGAGGUCAAGAAUCUAUGUUAUUUGCUAAAGAAUUAUUUGAUAUGUAUCAGUCUUACGCUGAGUUUAAAGAGUGGGAAGUUGAUAUAGCAUCAAUUGAAAAGUCAGACAUUGGUGGUAUUCGUAAAGCAUCAAUGUUAAUGAAAGGGUUUGGGGUCCCUGAAUUGAUGAAGAUGGAAGCAGGAGUGCAUAGAGUUCAAAGAAUUCCUGUCACAGAAAAAGGUGGACGUAUUCAUACUAGCACAGUAUCAGUUGCUAUUUUACCACAAGCAACAGAGAUGGAGCUUAGUAUCCCAGCAAAAGAUAUCAUUGUUGAAACUAAAAGAGCCAGUGGUGCUGGGGGUCAGCAUGUAAACACAACUGAUAGUGCAGUCAGACUUAUCCAUACUCCUACUGGUACAACUGUAGAGUGUCAAGAAGGAAGGUCCCAAAUUAAAAAUAAAGAAAUUGCAAUGGAAAAACUAAGAGCCUUGUUAUUACAGAAACAAAUUGAUGAACAGUCCUCAAGAACUGACGAACUGAUGAAUUCAAUUGCUCCAUCGACAGUCAUAGAUUACGUUAAAGGUUAG